AAUCGCCAGAAGCCUUAGAGCUUGUUGCGCCCAGUGAAAGUCUGGAAGUGAAAAAAGUUGAGUUGUGAAACAAAAUUUCUUUCGACUUUAACAUUUAAAUAACAAAUUUGCAAAAAUGGUGCAGAUUGUUGGAAAGUACGAACAUGAGAAGAGCGAAGGUUUUGAAGAAUAUUUGAGGACAGUGUCUGGUGGCGAACAAGCCGAUAAAGCUGCAACUUUUGCCAAAAGCAAGCCGGUCCUUGACGUCCAGCAAUCCGGAGAUGAAUUUGUCAUCACUGUCACAAAUGAGGGAAAGAGCACUACUUCUACAUUCAAACUUAGUGUACCCUAUGAUGAAACCAUGCCCCAUGGAGUUACGAUGAAGAGUGUAACAACAAGAGACGGCGAUAAAUUCACCACUGAAACGGAACUUCCCGGAGGAAACAAAUCUGUCCGCGUCUACGAAUUCCUGGACGAUGGUAUCACAGUUCACUUAUCCGAUAGCAAAACUGGAACCAAGGCCACACGCUACUACAAAAGAGUCUAAAUAAUUAGGUUCUUAGGCAACAUUCAAUUUUACAACUAUUAUGGAAUAAAAUGUUUGUAAUUGUAAAGCAACUUUGUCUUCUCAGAAAAAAAAAAACCGAAUAAAAAAAUGUCUACCAGAA